AUGCCGUUGGCGGAGGUGAUUUUCCAAGCUCUUGACAUUUCACGGUACUUUGCCUUCGCAGCCGUCACUAUUGCCAUCUAUGACUGGAUACUGCUGCUAAAGGAGGAAGUCAAAUUGUUAGGAGGUGCACGGAUGUCCCUAGGGAAGAUUUUAUUCUAUCUGACGAGAGUGACGACCAUCCCCGGUCUCAUCCAUGGUGUAUACAAGAAUGCUACCUACGUCCCGCUCGUCGACGUUUGCAUGCCGGCAGGCCUCAAUUCGCGCAUCUCAAUCGUCUUCGAAGCCCCAUUGGUCUUUGAAAUCAUCAUGUUCGCUGCGUUAAUCUAUCGUGCCGUGACCGACCUCAAGUUCCAAGGCUCCUUGACAAUGCUGCCGCUCUUUCGUGUUCUCUAUCGAGAUGGCAUUUUGUUCUUUGUCAUCAUGACCUCGACGAGAAUAUGGAAUAUUUACAAGUAUUCAGAGAGGCCGGUAUACGAGGCACUUGAGGGGUUAUACAUUAUGUGGAGCAUUGUUUGUGUUCUCUCGUGUCGGGUCUAUAUCAAUAUCGUCUAUGCGGCACGAACUCCACAGCAACACGGCUCCAGAUCACGAUGGGACUCUAUGCAAGACAAUGGAUAUUCCCUCUGGGAGCUCACGCCACGCAAAAGAUCUGAUUCUACAUAUAUUUAG